AUGUUUGGGAAGAUUAAGGUUAAGGUUAUGGACUCGGCCAAGUACCCCAAGAAGCUCGGAGACGAAGAUCCGAGACGAAUCAUUAACGCCAGCACGGUUGUGGAUGCUCUGAUGUCUAUGUUUUACUACUUCAAACCUCUUUACCAUAGCUUCGAAGAAGCGGGAAUGUGGGCGAUUUUAACGGUCGUUGUCGCCUUCGAAUUCACAGUUGGUGGAACAAUUGCAAAAGGUCUCAAUAGAGGGGCUGCAACAUUAGUAGCUGCUGGAUUAGGGGUUGGAGCUGAAUAUUUAGGCAACGCAUGUGGAAACAAAGGAGAGCUUAUUAUUCUUGGCGCUUUGGUUUUUCUUUUAGCUAGUGUAGCAACGUUUACAAGAUUCGUGCCACGAGUGAAGAGACGAUACGAUUAUGGUGUGACGAUUUUCAUACUCACCUUCACUCUAGUCGCGGUCUCAGGGGCUCGGGCUUCUCAGAUUUGGAAAAUGGCGUACGAGCGCCUCACCACCAUUCUCAUCGGCGGUGCCACCUGCAUGGUUAUAUCACUAUGCAUCUACCCAGUUUGGGCAGGCCGAGAUUUGCAUAAUCUCAUUGCCACUAAUAUAGGAAAGCUUGCUACAUUCUUAGAAGGUGUUGGUGGUCAAUUUUGUAAUUCUUCGGCCGAUGGUGAGGAUAAGUCGUAUCUCCAAAGCCAUAAAACAGUGCUCAACUCAAAAGCAAAUGAGGAAAUAUUGGUUAGUUUUGCAUGGUGGGAACUUGGACACGGUCGUUUUAAGUUCAAUCAUCCAAGGAAACUCUACUUGAACAUCGGUAGCCUUGUCAGGGAAUGUGCUUGCCAAAUUGAAACGCUUAGUGGUUGCAUAAAUUCAAAAUCUCAGAUAAAAAACCGCAUAAAGGGAAAAAGAAAACUAACAGUGGAAGCCCAAGACAGAGCCAUCAGUAACAGAAACCGAAACACUACAGUCGGCGCGGGCCCCCACGUUAUGAUUAAACAAAUGCAGGACCCGAACCCAGCCCGCCAUCUCCAGCUUGGACUCCACCUCCACCGGGAACGACUUGACGGAGAAGGUGGCGGCCAUGUACUGCGUCUGGCCGGCGGGGAUGAACAGGAAGCCCACCUGGAGGCCUGCGUGGAUGGAGCUGUCGUAGUGGAAGAAGGUGAAGCUGACGGAGGAGUUGGUGGCGGAGAAGGCCGGGAGAGUGACUGA